UCAGAAUACCGGCCGGUUUCUGUCUAUUAUAAAGUGUUUUCUAACUAUUUAUUUGCCUUCCGAAAAAAAAAUCGUACACUAAAGUUUACAGUCAGUAAAACUAAUAAGGACGAUUACUUGUCAUAAACAAAGAUUAAAAAUAUAUAAUUCAUAGUAGCUAUAUUUGUAACUAUGACAUCUUUUAUCAAAUUAUUAAUUCUACAAACAAUUCUAUUAAUUAUUGUUUCUUGUCAAAAUGGCCGUCAAAUGUAUCAUGGUAAUAAUUAUUUACGUUAUCAUGGGAUAAUUCAACCAACUCAACCAAGUCAUGUACGUCGAUGGAUUGUUCUACUUGGACGUAAAGUAGUAUUAAAUUGUUCAGUGAAUUUACCACCAGAGGUAAAUCCAAGACAAGUACAAUAUAGAUGGGAACAUCCUGAAGGUAAUAUAUUAGGAUACAGUAAACUGUAUGUUAUACCUAAUGUAACAAUGAAUGAUGCUGGUGUUUAUACAUGCCAUAGUUCAGCUUAUGUUGGAUUUGGUGGUGAACAAUGGGUUGAUCAACAUCGUCUUUAUUUGGAAGUUCAAGAUGAUAUUUCAAUGGCUGGUGGUGACAGAAACUCUGAACCUACAAUUGUACUGAAUCCAGGAGAUCCUGGACCAUUAGAUGUGAAUUUUGGAGAAUUGCUUUAUUCUCGUUGUUCAGUACUUGAUAGUAAUCAAUAUUCAUACAGAUGGAUACAACGUGCACCUGAUGGGACUCUAAAAGAAAUAUCUUCUGACGCUAGACUUUAUAUAACGAAUUUUGGACCGGAACAUUUACAGUAUCCAUUACGAUGUGAAGUUACGCGAUUAUCAGAUGAUGAAACUUUUGAGAAAGUUUUAAAUCUUCGACUAGCUAUGCAGCAUAUUGUUAAUAUUCGACCAAUUACUGGUGAAGUCAUCAUUGGCAGACCGUAUGAAAUGGUUUGUGAAGUUGAACCGCAACCGGAAGAGCCAAUCAGUUUUGUAUGGUAUCAUAAUGCCAAAGUUGUGCAUCGUGAAGCAUUGUUACGUUUGAAUUCAUUAUCGUAUCGUGAUAUAGGUAUGUAUAUAUGUCGAGCUGAAUGGACACCAAGAUAUUCACGUACUGCUAUAUCAGCUAAUGCAACAGCUGAAUUAAGUUUGGCAUUGACAAGAGAAACAAAAAUUGAAAUGAGUCCUCCACCUGGUUCAGUUAUGGUUUCUUUACCUGGUGAAACACGUGAACUUCACUGUGAAUUUCCUGUAGCUAAUCCAAGAGAUGUUAGGUGGUAUUUUGAAAAUCAAUUAUUAGAGAAUCAUCCAACUGUAAAUGCUACAGGCAAAAUAUUUCGUAUCGAUCGUUUAAGAGUAAGUAUUGUGACAAUUCGUGGCAUAGAAUAUGAUCAUGGAGGAACAUACGAGUGCAGAAUUGGUCGUGAUAUAAAACAAGCACAUUUAGUUGUUAGAGCUGAAGAAGGAUUAGAAAUCAAUCCAAAAUCGGAUACAGUUGAUGAAGGUGAAGCAGUAGAAUUUCAUUGUCGUGUACAUGGAAUGGAUGGUAACAUUAAUCGUCAAUUAGAAUGGUAUUAUAGACCAUUUUAUAGUUCGACGCGUAUACGUCUUGAUGUUGAUACACCUGAUAAUUUUAUGCGUCAUGAUGAUAUAGUUGCUCAACAUACUAGUUUUAUUAGUAAAAGCAAAGCACGUGUUGCUGAUCAAGGUGAAUAUAUUUGUAGACUACCAUCUCAAAAUGAAGAAAUUGUCGGAAAACUAUUUGUUAGAGCAGUAAAAAGUUACAUAUUGACAAUCACACCUCAGAGAUUGACUGUUCGACCAUAUCAACCAGUAGAGUUUGAGUGUUUUGCUGCUUCUGAAGAUGGACAACCGGCUCCAUUUACUCCACGAUUUCGAGUUAGAGAUUCAAGAAUCAGUUUCGAAACUACACGUGUCAGUGAAAACCGUGCAAGAUUUGUGUUGCAACGUGGAUUAGGUCCAGAUCAAAAUGGAACGAUUGUUGAAUGCCUUUCAGAUGAACCAAGUAAACCGACAUCAGCAAUAAUUACAGUUGAAGAUAUCUGUCCAGAUGGUUCACGUCGUUGUCGUUCCGGUCAGUGCCUACCAGCUGGAAGAUUCUGUGAUGGAGCUAGGGAUUGUGAUGAUGGUUCAGAUGAAGAUCCUAAAAUGUGCAAUAUUUGUGAUCCACUUUCAAGAAAAUGUGAAUAUUAUCAAGGGAAAGAAUCGACAGUAUCAACAUUUAUGGUACAUUGGACUUGUGAUGGUGAAAAUGAUUGUGGAAAUGGUUUUGAUGAAUCAAAUUGUGAAGCACGAGCUUCAGAACGUUGUCAAGAUCGAAUGUUUGUUGUACGAGAUGGUCGUCAAAUUCCAAUGGCUUUUGUAUGUGACAAGGAUCGAGAUUGUAGUGAUGGUGAAGAUGAAUUAACUUGUGCUCCGCCAAUGAUUGCUGAACCACGUACUACACGUUAUUCUGUUCGCAGAGGUGAUACUGUAGUUCUUGUUUGUGAAGUCACAGGCAAUCCCGUGCCCUAUGUGAUAUGGCGCUUCAAUUGGGGGUGUCUUCCUGAGGAACCUAGUCGUUUCAGAAUAAGCAAUGUACCCAGAAACUGUAAUGCACCAAUGCCAACUGUCGUGAGUACCCUGACAAUUUCAAAUGUAAGACCAGGAGAUGAUGGAAUUUAUAAUUGUGAAGGUCUUUCAGGAGCUACUCGAGCAUUAUCCAAUGACCUAGUUGUCAUGAUCGGAGGUUAACUAAUUUAUCAGGUUUCAUUAGAAAAAGCCAAUAACAACUUCCAAUAAAAAACAAUCAAACAACAUUGAAUUUAUUUAAAUUAAUUAAUUAAAAACAACAGAGACAUUUUAGAAGUGUUUUUUUUUCUUUUUAGUUAAUACUAUUCCUAUUCAAUUUUAAAUUUGUUCUAUUCUUUUCAAAAGAUAAUAAAAUAAACAAUUUAAACAAGCAAAUUUUCAAAAUAUAUUUACAAAUAUCAACAAUUAAAAACAAAUAAACAUUUAGUUAUAUUUAAAAACAAAAUAAAAAACUUAUUUAUUUUACAUAAUUAUUUAUCAAUUAUUAUAUAAGUAUUAUAUGUUUCAAUUAUAAACAAUACUAUUCAUUCAAAUGAUCAAUUCAAUAUUCAAUGAUAAAUUACAUUUUUCAAAAAAAACAAAAAAACAACGUUUUAAUGAAUUACAUUUAGUAAUUUUACAUUAUCAGAUAUAAUUAUUUAAUUAUAUUGUCAAUUUAUUUUCAUUAUUUAAAGAAAAACAACAAUAAC